AUGAAUCGUCAUCAAUUUUUAGGAAGUACAGAUUUAGGUAUUUCUAGUUCAUUAUUAAUCAAUUAUAAUGUACCAACAAAAAUUCCUGAUGGAAUCAAGUUAAAUCGAAUCAAACAUCAAAAUGAUCUAAUUCUAAUCGAAUUGGGUACUUUACUGACUUCAAAUGAAUGCGAUGAAAUUCUCAGUAAUAUUCGACAAAAAACAUUUGAACAAAUGUCCAAGAAAUAUGAUAUUCGAAAACGAAAUAGUUCUCGAUUAGUAGUUAUGGAUGAUCGAUUAGGUCGAACAUUAUGGCGACGUUUAAAAUUCAGUAAUAAAUUAACAAAGUUAGUUCAUCAUACAAAACCAUUAGGAUUCAAUGUUCAAGGUCAGUGGACAAUGAAUGGAGUUAACCCAGCCAUGCGAUUGAAUAAAUAUAAUCAUGGAGAUUAUUUCGGUCUACAUAAAGAUGCUCAAUAUGCUCCCAGUGGCGAUGAGCGAUCAUUAUUGAGUUUAUUGAUUUAUUUGAAUGAUAAUUAUGAAAAAGGUGAAACAAAAUUUUACUUUCCUAAACAAUCAUCGAAAUCUGAUGUGAAAGGAUUGACUAUUGCAGAAGAAAUCGAAACUUAUGGUGGGCUAGAAAAUGGUUUUGAAUGUAUCACAUUAAAACCAAAGAAAGGUUUUGCUGUUCUAUUUACACAUAAUCUCUUACAUGAAGCAACGCCACCAGAAAUAUUGGAUCCGCUUGCUCAAACUGAACGUCUAGUACUGCGAACCGAUGUACUAGUGAAAAGAAAAGAGAAACCAUUGGGAUUUGCCAUAUGUCCUGAAGAGAAAGAAGAUUAUCUUGCUUGUUUGAAUUUUUUUCGUGAAGCUCAACAGAAUGAACUUGAAAGUUAUAAUGAUUCUGACAUGGCCGUCGAUAAAACAAUGAAAACAGCAGAACUCUAUGAACGUUCAUUAUCGAUUCGAUAUUGUUAUCCACGUUUACUUGAAUCCAAAUUGAAACAAUCAAUCGUGAAUAAAGUCGAAGAAAAAUCACUCAUUCAUCAGCUACCAUCUGAACUUUGGCUUCAUAUAUUCAAACAUUUGCAUGAACAAGAUAUUCAACAUUUAAUCUUUGCUUUUCCACAAUUUCAAAUGUUGAAAAUUCUUUGGGAUGCACAAGAAAUAAAAGCUUUUAUCGUUGGUCCAGCUCGACCGAAAUUUAUUCCAACUAUCCAAACUCAAUACGGAAGUCAAACUUUAUUUCGUUUUUCUGAUUCGGAUUUUUUCUAUCAACAUAUCGAUGGAUGUUGUCGAGUAGCGGCUGUUUAUGCUUUCUUUCUACUAGGACAUGGAAAAGAUUCAACGACGUACAUCGUUCGAUACGAUCAAAAUACUCAAGAAGUAUGCGAAGUACACAUGGAAAGAGUCUUAGCCGAUGCAUUCUACAAUCGAAAUUGCUAUGGUUCUUUAUAUCGAGUGGAACAAAAAGAGAAAGAAAGACGUCAGCCGAAAGUUGAUUUCGAUCAUAGUGUUGAUCGAACAUAUUUAACGAAUCGACAUCAAUCACAAUUUAUUGGACAAGAUCUUUUAUCAUGUAUUCAUCUAUAG